AUGCCUGCGAUAAUAGGACCGGCCCGAGUGUUGAUGGGACGUCUUUGUGUGGUGCUUCGUACCAACCAAAUCCUGAAGAAGAUUUGCACGCACGUCCAAAAGAACACGCGAAGUAAUUACUGUCAAGGGUGCAUCGGCCCCACUAUUAGAGGUGCCGUCCGGCCUUUUGCGUCUUCUAAUUGGUUAUCAUUGUCUGGAAUAGGCGACCGCGGGACAGGCUACAACUUAUCCACGUUCUGCUGUCCUUUGUUUAUCAGACCAGCAAGCCACCUCGGUCAGCGUCGGACGAUUCUUGCAGGUAUUCGCACGGGGUCGUCUGCUUUGCUCGUCUGCAAGACGAGAAGUCGUUUCCUGCAACAACAAAGCAUCGGGGGCGUCUUGAUCUGGGUGGGCUCAUGGUGCGAUUUGCAAUAUCCUUCGACCAUCAGCGUCCAGACUGUUGGCGACACCGGUUGUGCCAGCCCCCAACUUCCUCAGGACGUCUAUCUGCUAACACUGUCUUCCAACUCGCAGAGCCGCUCCUUCUCGGAGAUAAACCCACCUGGCCACUUAUUUCAACAUCCUUAAUUCGCGAUGGGUAAGCACAUAUCUCUGAUUCGAUCUCUCACGUACC